CUUGUAGCUAAAUUUUUUAUUUGGCCCUCCGUCCAUUUGACUUUGACACCCCUGCCUUAGUGGUUUUAUGUCGGGCAGAAUUCGUGGAGUACCAACAUCCGGUUGAAACAAUUUGAUUUUGUAGUUCAGAAGAAAACAAUUGUGCCACACAUCGGCAGGGACGGCAGCAGUAGCAAGCUAGUUAUGCACAACAUUACUCUUACUACUAUUUUCUGCAUCGUAUAUUUUAAAUGGAUCACUUCGAGGAAGAUUUAGUCGCUGCAUUAAGAGAAAUUGUCAAAGACGGAAACUGGCAAUGUGUAGGAAAGAAGUGUGAUUUUGACUCACCAUGCACAAAGCUGUACUCUGAGGAUGGUGAACACAUUGUUCUGGUUCACACAGAAGAUGACAGAUUCUGGGCUAUGGAUUCAUCCUGUCCCCAUGAAGGAGGCCCUCUUGACCUCGGUGACAUUGAGGACCUGGGAGAUGGGAAGAGGGUGCUGGUCUGUCCCUGGCAUCACUUUGACUUCUGCCUGGAGACAGGUGCCUCUUCCAUGGGACUACAGAACCAGGUGUAUGAGGUCAGAGUUGUCCAAGACAUGAUUUAUAUCAACACACAGAAUGAGCUGUGUCUAAGUCCCAUCCCAGAGACAGACACAUCUAAUGGCAAGUUGUCAGUAGAUGAUGUUGAGCCAUCACCCUCUGAGGACACACUGUGCUUCUGGGCUACAAAGAUCCUCUGCACACCGGACCCCAAAGAGAAGGUAGCCAUGACGCUGGAGGUCCAGGAGAGGUGGAACAGUGGGGAGAUAACAGAAGUGGGUCAGGCUACACCACCUGUCCAGCCAAGCAGGAAGGAGAACCUGACCGUACUGCAGCCGGGCAAAAUCAAGCGUGGCAAAGGUGGCACACAGGCUAGCAGGAUAGCCCUCCUCCACUCCCUGGCUAACAUAGAGCAGUGGGCUAUAGACCUGUCCUGGGACAUCAUCGCUCGCUUCUCAUCGGUCAGACUGGACACUGGAGAGCCCAUGCCCCGCCAGUUCUUCAGCGACUUUGUCAAAGUGGCCGGAGACGAGGCCAAGCAUUAUCACUUACUAGAGACGAGGAUCACAGAACUCGACAGCUUCUUUGGCGCGUUACCUGUUCAUAAUGGACUGUGGCAGUCAGCAACGGAUACGUCCCACGACCUUCUGGCGAGGCUAGCCAUUGUGCAUAUGGUACAUGAAGCCAGGGGCCUGGAUGUGCACCCCCAGACCCUCUCCCGCUUCGCUGCCCAGGGGGACUGCAGCUCUGUGGAGGUGCUGGAGGUUAUCUACCGGGAUGAGAUCACUCACGUGGCCGCCGGGCUCCGCUGGUUCACUUACAUCUGUUCACAGGAAGAACGGGAUUGCUUAUCUACUUUCCAUGACUUGGUGAAGCAGCACUUCAAAGGUUACCUGAAGCCUCCUUUCAACACAGAGGGUAGGAAGACAGCGGGGAUGACAGAGGAGUGGUACGUGCCUCUUGUAAAGCCUCCCAGUUAACAGACAAUGUCCCCGAGACCAGCAUGCUGUGACAAACACAAUUGCUGCAUCCCAGCGGAUGAGGGAAGCAGUUUCACACCAAAUCUCAUAACACCUGGAUAAAGGUCAAACUGUUACUAUUAUAAAGGUUUAAACUCAAACAUGUCAGUAGCCGUAUCAAUGUGGUAUUGCAAUCUAAUAUCUGAGCCUAAUGUAGAUGACGUGGCAUUCGAUAAUUUGUGCAGCGCGACUGCAAUGUAGUCGGCCUGGAACGGCACCAUUUAGUCCCCUGGAAAGAGUACAUCUCUAAAACAGACCCCACCAUCUCUACAUUACUAUCUACAUUACCAUCUCCCAAUUUGUAAGUCGCUCUGGAUAAGAGCGUCUGCUAAAUGACUUAAAUGUAAAUUACUACAAAGUCCAAUGCAUAAUAUGGUAAUAUAUAAUGUCAGAGCAAAUUACAAAGGCAACAGAACCUUGUAAAUGUUUAUUUAUGUAAAUACAACAGUUAUUUUGGUAGUCUAACGGGUUUGAGGGUUUUGCAUUCGACAACAAACUACUCACACAACAGCCUCUCCAUGAUAUCACUAUUAUUACAUUCAUGUGUUCCAUAGGCUAUCAGGAACUAGUUUCCAGUAGGCGUAAAACAAGAGAAAAUGUUUUUGAAACAGAGGGUACUACCUGGACUUGAACAAUAAGAAAUGCUCAUUUUUAGUUUCUGUUUCAAAACAUUUUGCCAAGGUGUUCCCUGCUGAACACUACUCUUGUCUGUACUCUUAAAUAUGUUGUCUUAAAACAGACAUAGUAUAGAUCCUUCAUGUUUUACAGGAAAUGUAUCUAAUCAAAUAACAUUAAAGUAGGUUGUUUUGUGUUUAAUUACCACAUCAUGGUGUUUUAAUGCACAGCGUGUAGCUGUGUCAAUGAGUUCUUCUCUCCAGCUGAAUGCAAUUCAGUUCUGUCUCUGUUACUGUGGAACAGACACUCCUGCUUGGGAGGGCCAGAUCUGUUCUGGAAGCUCUGAUGGAGAUAUCCGUUGUAGAAGUCUGCUGCCGACAGUCUCUUCUUCAGCAUCACCGCCUUGAAUCCCACCCAGCCAUCCUUGACCACCGAACACACAAAAAUGCUUGUCAUCAUUUUUCUAUGGGAUCCAUCAAGUUAAUUAUUUGUAUUAUGCCAUGAUACAUCAGGAAGUGAAUUAUUUAUUUUUAAAUAUUAGACAUUUCAAUAAGACAAAAAUGGAAGUGUUUUGAUAUAAUAGUAAACCAUGGAAAGUGUCAAGGAUGAAAAGCCUGGCUCACGCACCUUACAACAGACAGCCAAGGUGUUGGAUUCUUUCUGAUAACUCAUAGAUCCUGGCACAGGUCUCCUCCCUCGACCUGUCAUUAAAACAAUCACAACCUUUCUCAACCUAAACUAUUCUAAACGGAUGUUACCAGACAUUGAUUGUCUUCGCAGCAUGUGGACUCAAGCACUACUGGUGCCGAUCCACACAGCUACUUACCGCAUGCUGAUUGAACUAGCUGACUGAGUCAACCACCAUCUACCACCAAGCAGUGUUGGAAACAAUGAAGAGUCCUGAUUAAAAGAUGUAAUUACCUGAUAGUGAAAUGUUGCAUUUGCCAGAAAACUCCAGCAGCUUUAUGGUCUUGCCCAUCCAAAUUGUUCUCAAUGGGAUCUAAUGAGAGAGAAGAGGGCAUUAUUUUAACACUCCUGGACAAUGUGUUUAGAGGCCGGUCACAGUAAAUCAAGGUCAUGUUAAGUAUGCACAAAAUUUGAAAAUCAUCUUGAAACAGGUGAGGAACGGCCUAAAAUCGCCCAAUAAGACUGCUCACUUUAGUUUUACGUUUUCUAGUUUCGUGCCAACUGAACAUGACUGGUCUGUCUUAUUACCCGGGAUGCGAUGGCACGAAACAGGCGGUCGAUCUGGACACAGGUCUGCUCCUCCCAUACGAUCCAGCUCAUCGAUGUGCUGAUUUUAGGGGCUGUUGAGAAGAGUCAACUCUAAGCUGAGGCAUGAAUGGGUGCUUAGAAAGUACUUGCAGCUUUCACCCUCCUGUAAGUUGCAAUUUUUGCUGAUUGUUUAUCAUUCAAAUUGUAAUUACUACUAGCAUCAAAUGUCUGGUUGAGUAAAUAAAUGUUCUUACCUAAAGUGG